AUCAAAAAAGGGCGCCGAAAUGGCUACUCCAGAAAAUGCACUGUUUUGUGGCGUGCUUCUUGCAUCGCAGAAUCUACAAACUGCUUCCACUUUGGGUUAGCGUGUAUUUUUACUUGAUAACCACCUUCUUGAAAGUGAGACGCCCUACUAUGGCUCGUAAAUGGUUGAGAUUCGAUUCUUGACAUCGCUUUUACCAGAAAGUUAUAGUGUUAUACCACCGGCUGAAUUCCCGUGUAUAUGUAUCUAACUCCCGAGAAAUUUUGUGAAAGAUGGCUCAACCCGAGACGUUUUCUUAUGGCUCGCAUGAGCUGCAAGAGAUUCAUGUCUACAAAGCCCAAAAUAGUCCCGAAGAUAAGGACCUGCUAUGGGUGAUAUACAUCCAUGGCGGGGCAUGGAGGGAUAAUACCGUCCUAGCAGAUUCAUUCUCAACAACCCAAACUUUGCUCAGCAAAGACCCCUUGAUCCAAAAGCAUGUGGCUGCUUUUGCUUCUAUAGACUAUCGUCUAAGUCCUCAUCCGAAUGCUCAUCAAGAUCCCAACAACACACCAAAAACUCAACUACGGGAUGCUAAACAUCCAGAGCACAUCCAUGAUGUUCAGACUGCCCUUGCAUUUUUACAAGACAAGUAUGGCUUUGGGGACAGAUAUAUUCUUGUUGGCCACAGUUGCGGAGCAACUCUAUCCUUCCAAGUGGUCAUGAACAAAGUCCAAGGAGCAAACGCAACAACAUUUCCGAAACCUAAAGCUAUAGCUGGCGUUUGCGGAAUCUAUGAUCUGAAACUUCUUCGAAAUGAUUACAGGCAUAUCAAGAUUUAUGAAGAUUUUAUCAAGGGUGCUUUUGGCUCGGAUGAAGAAUUAUGGGACGGAGUCAGCCCUGGGAAAGUCACCAGUGCAGAUGGAGUUGCUUCCGGGUGGGAGAAUGGCCGGGUGGCAGUGCUGGCAAGCUCGACUGGGGACUUAUUGAUCAAUCAGCCUCAGCUGGAUGCCAUGCUGGAAGUUCUUAAGCAUUGGCAGACACUGGCUCAAGGAAGAGACCUGGUUGAGAUAAAUGAUUUGAAAGAAGAACAUGACGAUGUCUGGGGAAAAUGCGAGGAACUUGCUUGUGUGAUCAUUACUACUGUACAAAGACUGUCUGAGAAAAGUGCCUGAGAUAACUUUUACUAUCCCACAUUCUCCCCUACU